UGUACAUGUACUACUCUACUCCGUACAGAGUAUAUAACUACACAUACGGAGUACUGUACUUAGUACUACUGCACAUACAUACCACAGCGUAGUAGUUUGCCCUAUGGAAUGGAUCUGGGGAGCUGAACCCUUCGUGGGGGUGCAACGAUUAUGCAAGUUCGAUCGGCACCUCAAGAUACUGACUGACUUGGAUUAAGUUCCCAAGACUCUAGCUGUCGUUGUGGCUUCUCGGAUAGGGGAAUUAUUCGGGCGGCAUAUUUACGCCGUAGCUCUCCCCCCCUCCCUCCGGUGUGUGUGUGAUAGAAUAAUCGCUGUCCCGAGGUCCGUAGUUAGGCGCUGGCGGCUUCUCAAUUUCUCUGGGCGCGGCUACUCCCCCCAACCCGGUACGCACGCGUUAAGCGUCCUCCCCUUCUCCCCUAAGAUGUUCCUCCGCAACCGGCGAUUCGGCGAACAGCUCCAUCCAACUGGAAGCGCUAAAUAUUACGUGCUUCCUCCCGCUCGCUUGAGAAUCGAGAUCAGGCUUGUUCCCAGGCUUUGGUUGACUAAGCCACGGAUGGAAUUAGCUGAGGCUCUCCAAGACCUGCUUAAGCCCGAUCGGUCACGGCAAGCUCUGGAUUAGACCCCGUCCGCGCCACCACGCUGCGCUGCCAACUGCUACUCAACUGAACUGUGCUGCGACUCAGCGCCGAUGACUGUGACCGUAACAGCAGCUUUUUUUUUCAUAACCUCUGGUUCUCUCCGCCGUUGCUUCUCGACUAACGCGACUGAGCUGUCAUCUGCUGGUGUUAGCUGACCCCGUCCUGAACCCAGCCGCCCGAUUCGUAUCGGCAUCGCGACCAGCUCGCUGUUGCUCGGCAAAAAUACUCGACCGUCACGUCACGGGUGUACCCUCAAACCUCCGCGAGCUCGUAACGUGUUGCCGGGCGAUUAACCGGUUAUUCUUACUGAGUUGGGCUUUGUUAGGGGGAGAGGAAGGGUGUUAGCAAGAUAUCGUGGGCUCCGUGCGUUGCCCAUGGAUUCCGUGGACGCCUUGGAUACCGAGCUCUCCCCCGAGUGGGAGAGCUUCGACAGGCAGAUGGGCCAGCUCUUUCUCAUGGGCUUCGAUGGAACUGGUGUCAAUUCGGAAAUACGCACGUUGAUAGAGGACUAUCAUCUAGGCUCUAUCAUAUUGACCGCUAAGAACCUGAAAUCGGCGGAAGAAACCACCAAGCUCGUCUAUGAACUUCAAUCCAUCGCCCGGAAUGCUGGCCAUCCGGUCCCCUUGAUGAUCUGUCUCGACCAGGAAAAUGGUGGCGUUAACAGUCUAUUCGAUGAGAUAUAUAUACGCCAAUUCCCCAGCUCCAUGGGGAUGGCCGCGACAGGUUCGAAAUCCCUAGUUAGAGAAGUCUCAAAGGCCACUGCCCAAGAACUGAGCGCCGUUGGCGUCAACUGGAUCCUGGGCCCUGUACUAGAUGCAUUAACGAACGCUAGAAACCAGCCCCUUGGCGUCCGAAGCGUGGGGGAUGAUCCACAAGAGGUGUCUGCGUAUGGCAUCGAGUUUAUGAAGGGCUAUCAAGAUGCAGGCUUGGUGACUUGUGGCAAGCAUUUCCCCUCAUAUGGUAAUCUAGACUAUAUGGGUUCCCAGUCUGAUGUUCCCAUCAUCACCGAUACGAUCGAGCAACUUAGUGUGAGCGCACUGGUUCCUUAUCGGAAUGCAAUAACGCAUGGCAUAGAUUCAAUGAUGGUAGGAGGAUGUUCCAUGACAGCAGGUGGAAUGACUGUCAUGCACGCUUGUUUAUCGGAACAGGUCGUUGACGAACUCUUGCGGAAAGACCUAAAAUUCGAGGGUGUGGUCGUUUCAGAAUGCCUUGAGAUGGGAGCACUCAGUCACAACAUAGGUGUUGGCGGUGGCACGGUGAUGGCCAUGAAAGCUGGCUGUGACCUAAUCCUGCUCUGUCGAACCUUCUCCGUGCAGCAGGAAGCAAUUAAUGGAUUGAAGCUGGGAGUAGAAAACGGCAUCAUUAGUAAAAGCCGCAUACGUGAGUCACUACGAAGAGUUCUAGAUAUGAAAUCGAGAUGCACUUCGUGGGAAAAGGCUUUGAAUCCACAAGGACUUAGCCUUUUAUCGAAAAUGCAGCCGUCCCAUACCAGCCUAUCGACCAAAGCGUAUAGCAGCUCGCUCACCGUUGUUAGAGACAAGCACAAUUAUCUUCCCUUAAGUAGCAUUCUCGAACCAGACGAAGAACUUCUGCUCCUCACACCACUGAUAAAGCCUCUACCAGCAUCAGCAAUGCUACUGUCAGUGGCUACUGAAUCGGGUCGUGCAGGUUUAUCAGCGGAUGCCGCUUCGUGGGAGCGCAGUGCGUCUGUUAUGAGCGGCGAGAGUGUUUUCAAAGAGUUUGGACGAUCAUUAUCUCGACAAAGGAACGGGCGUGUUUUGCAUACCUCCUACACAGCCAACGGCGUCCGACCGGUCCACGAAAAUUUAAUCAAUCGCGCGAGCGCUGUCAUUAUUGUUACCGCUGACGCCAACAGAAAUUUGUACCAAAUGGGAUUCACGAAGCACGUUUCACUAAUGUGCAAUUCCCAAUUUUCUCCUAACGGCGAGCGUCGCGCGAAACCCGUAAUCGUUGUAGCUGUCAGCUCACCAUAUGAUUUCGCCACGGAUCUAUCAAUAGGGACAUAUAUCUGCACCUAUGAUUUUACUGAAACAGCAUUACAGGCCCUAGUAAAGAUCCUUUACGGAGAACUGAAUCCCACCGGCUCGCUCCCUGGCUCACUCAGCCGCAACCAGAGACUCCAACAAUCAAGGCAACACUGGUUAGUGGAGAACUGGAAUGAGGAUCGGGAUGCACAUGCCUUGGAUACUCUCCUAGAUAUUGUCCGAGAAGGUAGUGCCCAGGGCCAAAGAUCUGAACUUGCCAGCGUCACCUCCACCACCUUCCUUCUUCGCAAUAGUGACGUGGAAGAGUCACACUUCGUCGUUAGAAAUAGCAGUACACAAGCACUCUAUGGAUUCUGCUCAACAUAUUACUUCAAAUCCACAGGAACGGGCGCUGUCGGCGCAAUCAUUGUCGACCCUUCUCGCCGAAGAAUGUCCAUCGGCCAUUCACUUCAUAACCGCGCAAUUCGGACACUGGUUCAACGUCCAGGUAUCCGUAGCUUCCAGCUUGGCUCCCGUUUGCCAGGCAUUUAUCUCGGAAUCCCUAAGGGAAAUCCCACAGAGCGCAAGAAGCUUCGGUCGUGGUUUGUUAAUCUGGGAUGGAACACGGCCCUAUCGCGUUCCGUAUGCAGCAUGGUCUUACGAAAUCUCGAAAACUGGUCGCCGCCAGAAGGACUGACGAAAGUUUUGCAGAGCUCAGAGGUUGAUUACGAUCUUGUUUAUGGGUGGGAAUACGCGGACUCUGUUCUUGAUCAUGUUAAAACUACAUCGCGCGUGGGGGUCAUGGAGAUAUAUAAAAGGGGACUGGGCGGUGCGCCCGGUAGUGGUAUUAUUCGCGCUAAACGCCGCGAUGAUGGGACUAUACUAGGCACUGUGGUAGUGUAUAAUUCCUCGUCCGCGCUAGCGGAAUCUAUGCCUGCGCUUAAGGACACGCGCACAGUUGCGGGGGGGAUUUCUUGCCCGGUGAUCUCUCCCUCCGUAGGGGAGUAUGCCACGCUUGUGCAGGGAUUGAUCUUGUUGGGAAUCAAGCAAAUUCGGAAGCAGGGGGCUAGUGCAGCUAUAUUAGAUUGUGUCGAUGCUGACGGAAACUAUGACAGUCUCUCUUCCAUGGGGUUUUCCGUUCUGCAUAGUUUCGAGGAAGUCACUUGCGAUGCCUCCACCUGGAAUAUCAUGGUUACUUCAUGAAAUUCAUGAACUGCAUGACAUGACGAGUUUUAUCUUCACGACACUGGUUCGAUCCUCUUGAUGCCUGAUUUGGGCUCAUCGUAAUGACCUCUGGACCACAAUUUCAAUCGUCUUCUUCUUGUCCCUCUUCUUCAUUUUUCAUUUUGUAUUUUCCUUUCUUUACUUCUCCCGUCCCUUUGACUGCUGAAAAUUUGAUUUUUCCAAGAAUUUUCACGGCUGUAUCGAUAUUAUACAUUAACGCAUGGUCCCAUGGCCUUAGCUUCACUAGCCCUUCUCACUCAGUAGAGUGGAGUAGAGCAGAGCAGGGCAGACACUAUCCCAUCAUGACUUUGUGCAGCAAAACUCUUCGCCCUGCGAGAUGAGAUGCUAUUCAGUAUCAAAUCCAGUAGCAUUUUUCAGGAUAAUGGACAUAUCCUUUGUUUCAUCUUUUGUCUAUAACCCUCUCAAUACCCUGGGAUAUUUCACUUUAAUUCGGCCCCUUAGCCCUUGUCACUUAUCACUUAUUGUUCCCAGUACAUUAAUUCUGUCUUAGUGCUUUCUCUUCCUACCAGUUUCUCAGGGGUGAAUAUUACUUUGUUUCUCCCUUGUCUUCACUCUUGUUAGCUCCCACGUCAUCACCGCACCCUGAUUUUCCAUUGUUCAACAUGGCCACAUCUCUCGUUAUUGUUUUAUUUCAAAGGGUUUCAAGGGUUCCCUUCUGUGUUAUAUAGAGGGACUUUGGGGUUAGCAUCUAGGAUUUUCUUUUUCUUUUUGUUUUUUGCUUUUUUUCUUAAAAUACUUUUUCUUCUUUUUCCCUUUAUUUUCAUAUACUGUAUAUACCCUGUUGAGAUUGGCUUUACAAGAAUCAUAUAUAUUGAUUUGCAAUGUUUGUUUCUGUGUGUCGGUAAAGGCGGCAAUGAAUAUGACUUUCAAAAUACAUAUAUAACUAUAUUUGUAUUAUUACACUCAUAAGUUUACACCAUGUCUCCAGAGAUACACAAUUACCAAAAAAAAUUAACAAAUUU